GCUCUGACUCGUGCCUCGAUUGUUUACUGCUGUCUUAUGGGACUUGCAGUCAGUGGAUUCCGGUCGGAAAGUUUGGAAUGUCUGGUUACUAAUCCGCAAACAUCCGAGCAAUACAAAGACGAGCAUGCAACAACUACUCCUCACGAGCAAUGUCCUUCUGACACUUUGCCGGAAAAUUUCCUUAUCAAACGUUUUGGGGCGAUUCUAUUGGAUUGUUGUCUUCGGCCUGUAUCAAAUGGGAGGAUAGCACUCAGUACCACCUCUUUACUGUAUUAUAGCAGCGAUUUCAAAUUCACUUGGCCUUUGUGGAGUAUUCGGUGGUACGGUCAAAAUGGAGGUUAUUUUGUUUUCGAGUCUGGCCGAAAGUGUUUCUCAGGACCUGGCUUGUUUCUGUUCAAGUGCAAGCAUGCAAAGAAGCUGAAUGAUUGCAUCAAUGAACAAAUAGCGAAGCUAUGUUCUCUCACUCGUGAAAUUCAAGCCACAAAUGUUCUUUCAAAGUUCCCUCGUCGUGCGCAUUCCGUUGGUAAAGCACUCGCGGUAGAACUUCGAAUGCUAACUAACCACCCACGACCAAGAAGAUCGGACAUUCGUUUGCUUCCUGACAGUGCAGAGUCAAAUGGAGCACACCGCAUUCCAGGCGGUCGAUUCCCUUCCGCUAUCUGCCCUCUUUCCACGGUUUCACAUUCGUUGUGCUGUUACUCCAGCCGCGUGACUUCCCAUGACGAGAAUUCGCUUCCACUUUGUAGUUCAGAGAGCACCAAUUUGAUAUCGGGUUAUUCUCAUGCACCGGCUGGUGAAUAUUUGAUAGCAGUUGCUCCACAUGGGUAUGUGAACCAUCCGAACCCAGCGGCAUUUGCUCGAGAAGAAUCCGACCGCGUUGCUACUGCUCGUGCCCAAAACAACUACGUGUCAGAACCAGUGUAGAUGUGUCACGCACCCUGUUACCCUCCCCCGAUUUGACGUCGGUUUCUUCCGACUGUUCGUGAAUGUUAGGGAAUACAACCUAACAGGCUUUCCUUUCCGAUUCUACUGGGACCAGCUUUUCCGGUUCAUUAACUAUUUAUUCUCCUUGAUUCAGUUAACAUACACCGAUCACUAGCGCCUAUUUGCUUUAAUUUUUUUUACCUAUUUUGCGCCAUUUUUGAUGCAUUUUGUGUGCUUUUCCGAAGCGAAAUCUUCAAGUGGAUCAUUUGAUUACUCCAUCUUCUCACCACCCGCGUUUUUUCACCAUUAAAGCAAUCACUAUCCAUGUCGCCUUCAACCAUUACUUUCUCAGUUCCCAAACUUCCGAAUUCACCCACUGUAUGCUCCCUAUCGGCUACUUCUCUGAACAUUCUUG